CCACAACGCGUCAGAGUAAACGCAUCGCACAAUGGGAAUACCCCAAGCCCUGAAGGUUCCGACAAUUGUUGUGGCAGUCUCCAUGCAGGAGGUAUACGCCGAACUCCAACGCUCCUUCUUCUUCUCAAAAUGACAGCGAGUCUCGUUUUCUCCUCCACCCAUGAACUCAAAGCAUUUCGAACCUCACGACAGUGGUGUCAACCUCAUCUACACAUUCAUUCAUUCAUGUGAUAUCAUUACCUGUCUCGCUCAUUGCGUCAUAAACGAUGUUCACAACGUCGAAACUUGUAAUCGCCGCAGCAAUCACUCUUGUCUGCGCCAGCCGCUCCAGCGCCCAAAGCUGGGAGACGAUCCCUGAGAUUGAAAUCUAUGGAAAGCACUUCUUUUACGCCGAUAACGGAUCCCAAUUCCACAUCAAAGGAGUCGCGUAUCAGCAGAACUGGGCACCGCAUGGCAAGAUGGGCAAGCAUAAGAAGCUUCAGGAUCCAUUGACCGAUGGGAAAGGAUGCCGUCGCGAUGUUCCUUAUCUCAAGGCGCUCGGGAUGAAUGUCAUCCGUGUUCACGAUAUCGACCCGAACGCGAACCACGACGACUGCAUGGAGCAACUCGCAGCCAACCACAUUUACGUCUUCGCAGACCUAGGGAUACCAGGAACACACAUUGAAAGCAGGGAUCCAAAAUGGGACGUGGGCCUAUACCGGCGGUAUACUUCGGCCAUCGAUGCGAUGAGCAAGUAUAAGAAUGUCAUCGGGUUUUUUGCCGGCAAUGAAGUUUUCUGGAAGGCGGACCAGACGAAGACAGCAGCAUACGUAAAAGCCGCUGUGAGGGACAUGAAGGGGUACAUUAAAGGAAUGAACUACAGAAGCUCCCUUGUAGUUGGCUACGCCGGAUCGAACGACCGUACAACCAAGGACUCGGCAAGCUACUUCGCCUGCGAUGCUGAUGAAGCUAACAGUGCCAUCGACUUCUGGGGUUACAACCUAUAUUCCUGGUGUGGAAAUGCUACGGAGCACAAAUACCAUGAUUCCGGAUAUGAGGAGGCCUAUAACUUCUUCAAGGAUUAUCCUGUCCCCGUCUUCUUCUCCGAAUACGGCUGCAUCGAUGCAGACGAUGGAUCCAGCCUGGCCCGACACCGCCCCUUCAGUGAAGUCGAAGCUAUCUACGGGCCCAUGUCUGACGUCUUCUCAGGUGGUAUCGUAUUUGAGUACUUUAAGGACGGCUCUAAAUAUGGCCUGGUUCAACUCAGGGGCGACAAAGUCAAGCCCUACCCGGACUACACUUCGCUCAGCAUACAGCUCGCCCGAGUUGCCCCCGCAACAACAACGAAGAGCGGGUAUAUCCCGAGCAACACUCCACCAGCAUGCCCAGCCAAGUCUGAUAAGUGGAAAGCCGCGGCCGUUCCCUUACCUCCACACCCGAACUCCCAACUCUGCGCCUGUGUCGCCGAUAGCCUGGACUGCGACAUCGUAACCAAUGACACCCACGUCUACGGCAAGAACUUUGACUACAUCUGCGGCGUGAAUCACGCUCUCUGCGCCGCUAUCGUCCGCGAUCCUGCGCUCGGCUUUUACGGCGGCAUGUCCCACUGCGAGCCCAGAGAUCAGCUGGCGUGGAUUGCGAACCAGUUCUACAAGGGUGCGAAUCAGCAGAAUCAAGCGUGUUAUUUCAACGGCGCGGCAAAUAUCAAGAAGCCUUUCCUCCAUUCAGAAUGUAAGGACUUUGUCAAGAACAUCGCGAGGUUGGGUACAGGGUAUGUGCCCAGUCCGACGGGGAAGGGGGACGCGCAAGUGACGAGGUUGAGUGUGGUGUCUUCUGGUUUCCCGCGGCCGAUAUAUGAAGAACUUGGGAUGCCGCUUUUUGUGGUCUAUCUUUGCAUUUCGGUAAUGAGUCUUGGGGCUGUUGUUUUCUUGUAGACGGGCGUUAGGGGAUGCUGUGCACUCCGGCAUUAGUAAAUGGGCCUUGGGUAAUCUAAAGG